AUGCCGGAAGGAAAGAGGAAAAAUGUGGUUAUCAUCGGCGCAGGAGCUGCUGGAAUGUCAUGUGCUGCAACUCUUGCUAAACAUCCAGAUAAAUUCAAAGUCACGAUUGUGGAGCGCAUGGCAGUAACGGGAGGUCAAGCAACAUCAAUUUCUCUCGACAAAGAGAAAUACGGAACGGACUGGAUGAACGAUGGCGUCCAAGGAGGAUCACAAAUAUUCAAACACACAUUCAAUUUCUUCAAGAAAUAUGGUCACGAGCCACAGGAAGUCAAGCUUCAAGUAGCUUUCGGAAAAGGACCAGAUGGAUUCUGGACCAACUGUUUUCCAAGUCCACUGGUCGACCGCUUUUCCAAAGAUAUCAAGAAAUUUGGACGAGUUUUGAGUCUCAUCAAAUGGACAAUGCCCGUAAUGGGAUUGAUCCCAAUCCGUAUCAUGCUCAGAAUGUUCUUCUUCAACAAGGAAUUCGGCGAGAAGAUGGUAUUUCCACUGAUUGCGCUUUUCUUGGGAACAGGAAAUCAAACCGCAAAUGUAUCCUGUGCAAUCCUGGAAAGACUGUUCGAUGAUCCUAACAUGAAGCUCUGGGACUACGACUCAGAAACACUACUACCCAACUUACCCACCAUGGUAACCUUCCCUAACCUCCACAACUUUUAUGAAGAUUUCCGCAAAGAUCUUGAGUCAAAAGGCGUGGAUAUCCGCCUACAGACAGACGUAACGGAAGUAGUUCAACGCAACUCCAAAGGCGUAAUCCUCCGCACCCGACCCUUCGAUCCCGAUGCCAACAACAGAAUGGGCCAACACACCGGCUUCGACACCAAGACCGAGACCUUCGACGAACUAAUCAUGUGCGUCCUCGCCGACGACGCCCUCAAGAUCCUCGGCAAAACCGCCACUUACAAAGAGAAAUUCGUGCUCGGCGGCGCCAGUUUCUACGACGACAUCACCAUCACCCAUUCCGACACAGCUUACUUCCAAAAACACUACGAAACGCACUUCAACGACUCCCUCUGCGCAUCCCCCAAAUCCAAAGAACAGGAACAACAAAUCGCAUUCUCCAAAGGCGAGCAGCGCGGUCCUGAGGACGAACCGACGGGGUUUCGACCAAUGUACUACACCAAAUCAUACGCUUCUGACCCGAAGAAGAUCGAGAUGAGUUUUGAUUGUACGAACUACCAGCAUCAGUUCCGGAUGGAUCAUGAUGCCGAGACAGCGCCAGUGAAGUACGAGAAUCAUGUUUUUCAGAGUAUUUUCCUGGAUAAGCGGAAUAGGGAUGAUCUGUGGACGAUUGAUGAGAUCGAUAAGGAUAAGAUUAUUGAGAGUAAGUGGUGGCAUCAGUUGGGGCAUCGGUGGCAGCAUUAUGUUAGAGUUGUGCCUGGUAUGAUGUUUCUUAACGGGAAGAAUAAUACUCACUUUGCGGGAUCAUGGACACUUGUCAACAUGCACGAACUCGCCUGCGUCUCCGGCAUAGCAGCCGCCUACCGCUUGGGCGCCGACUACGAAAAAUUCGACGACUUCGCCGAGGAUUUCUUCAGUAAAUACCUGUUGCUGUCACACGGCGUACGGUAUGGCGCGGAGGAGAAACGGAGGAAGAGGAAGCAGCAUUGA